AUGGAUGUCCCAAUACCUGGAGAUCAGAAGAGUAGAAAGCGCAUGAGGGUUCCAACCUCAUGUGCCGUCUGCAGGAAGAGAAAGAUUAAGUGUGAUAAACGAAGACCUGUGUGUGGCGGGUGCACUAAGAGCGGUGUUAACCACCUGUGUCACUACGAGGAGCCCCACUGGGUCAACUCAAAGGACCUGUGGAAGCAUGCGAAACGAGUCACUCCAAUAGAGGUUCACGCUGCCCAAGUGGCUCAGCAACCACAACCACAACCACAACAACAACAACAACAACAACAACAACAACAACAGCUGCAACAACAACAAGAGCAGGAAAAAGCCCAUGUACAUCACGAAAACCAACGUCAGCACCAACACCAAGUGCUACAGCAAAGGCCACUUCAGCAACAACACAUGGGUUCUCAACAGUCUCAUGAAAGUGUCAUGCUACAAAUGAAUCAACAACACCGACAUGAGCCUCAGCAUCAGCACCAUGAUUUAUUCAACGGAUCAACUCCAAGCUACGAGGAACUUAGCGCCAGAGUGAAACACAUCGAAGCAUCCCUCGCAGUACAUGAGCUAGCAACUUCUGGUGGUACAUCAACACCUUUAAUUCAGCAGACUGCGAAAGAUGUUGUGUAUCCGCCCACGACUUUGGAUUCAGAUCCUUCUAGAGGGCCGCUAUAUGGAUUCGAUCCAGAUGCCAUUGUUCAUUGUAUCGAUGAUAUACCAUUUGUGUUGAUCAAAUCGAGACUUGAGUUCCAUGGUGGAUUCUCUACGCUUGCAGUGAUGAAAAGAGAUCCCCAUUUGAAACUUGUUUGGCUAUCACUUUGGGAAUCAUUGGCAGCUGCCAUGAAAGAUGGGAAUACAUCUACUCUCGAGGCGUUGAAGUCCAUUGUUCCACCAUCGUGUACUCGUGCCUUACAAGAACUAUCAGAAUGCAGAAAACUCAAGGUUGAUGAACGUAAACGUACACAGGCAAUCUUUGAUGCAACCCCCAACUUGGAUGCUCUGAUAUUACAAGAGUUACCAACACAUAACAUUAUCAUGAGACUCUCCCUUCGGUUUUUCAAGAUUGUGUAUCCAUUCAUACCUUUGAUUUCAGAACAAGUCUUCUUCAGAGAUAUUGAUGCCAUCAUCGGACCGUCUAAUUUCUCGAACGAAAGACCCCACAAACUUAAUAUCAGAGGUAAAUACGACUAUGCAACCAUUGGUUUACUCUUCCUCGUCUUGAGGUUAGGCUUUUUAAGUCUGGAGGACCGUGAUUUCCAAGAAAGACCAGAGUUUGACGGCCUCGAAGGAUUAGUGAUAUCGCCAAUCUGUGUAGAGAUUGCCAAAAAAUGUCUGGAUACUUACAAGCUGGAUAGAAAGACGUAUUCGGUUAAAGUGUUCCAAUUAAUGUUGAUGUUGAAGAUAUACUCGAACUUUGGUUCGUUGGACGAUGACAGCGAGGACAACUUUGAAACAGAAACACAGUUUGGUGCUCUAUACUCUGUGGCCCAAAGUAUGGGACUGCACUCUGAUCCUGACACAUUGAUGCAUAUCAUGCCAGAUCAGAAUACAGAUACUCAUCGUGUACUAUGGAAGAAGAUCUGGCAUACCGUUCUUGAGAUGGACUCUAAAUUUGCUGUCAUGCUUGGAAAAUUACCAUUCUGUCAGGACGAAGAUUCGUAUACGACAUCACUGCCAGCCAUUUAUCCAGGGAUGGAUCAAGUAGACAUGUGCAUUACUGAUAAUUUCAAGAUUGUUGAUGCACAGACAAAGCUCUAUAGACACAUAGCUUUGACAUGUUUCAAGCAGAGAAGACCCCCAACUGCGUUACACGUUGUUCGUCUUAUUGAUGAGGUUGAAUCCUUCAUUGCAAUGAACUCUCUUUCCUUGAAGCAGGUCUUGAACGGAGAUUCAAAAUCAUUCGUCAAAGCAAAGAAAGUUGCCCAGAUGUACGAGUUGAAUUCUCUUUUGCUGUCGCUAAAGAUUAUACUCCUGCAUCACUUUGAUCAAGUGAACAAUAAGAAGAAAAUAUUUGAAACGUUUGAUGACUGUUUGACAUUAGCAAUGAAGAUUAUCAAUUCGUCGCUCAAUCUGUUCUUCAAUUUAAGGACGUACUUCGAACCUGGAUACAAGCUUUUUAUCAAGAUUGCAGCAUUUGAUGCACUGAGAAAGACAUUCAUGUUCUGUACAUCAUUGCUGGCUAAACUCACACAGUGCAGAGAACUUGCUCCUCACAAUUCAGAACGUGCUGCGUUGAUUGAAGAUUUCCACAAGAAGAUCUUGUCAAACAUGAGAGGGUUAUUGAGACUGAUGCGUGGUAUCAGUACGAAUAGCGCAUUCAUACAGAAAAGUAUAUUCCUUUGCAGGUUGAUGUAUGAACUUCUCAAGAGCCCUACAUAUAACUUCAACGCAGUAGGGCACAAGGUAGUCGAACUGGCAAAUGACAGAAGACGUGUUAGUGGAGCUCUCAUGCAAGAAUUCACCGCAGCAGAAUUACCAAAGAGCAACAGUAUCAUGGGGUUCAUUGAUGCAGAGCUGAAUUAUUUAAAGGCCAAGACAGCCAAUGACCCCUAUGAUGUAUUGCGUCCAUUGGUCAAUGCCGACAGUGCCGUUAACCCUAGUGGUACUGGAAAUGGCCAUUUUUAUGACCCUGUUGAUGGCUUAAAGAAGAACAAUGGUGCAGAUGAUCACAAUAACAUACAGAACUACUCCUUUGGUGAUUUAUUUGGAGAUGACAGUGCGGAUUUCGAUCGACUGUUUAACAAAUUGACACCUUCAGCCACUUCAACGACGCCGGUGUCCACUGCAAGUACAUUAACAAGCGAGGAAUAUGCCAGUUUAUAUGGUCUCUUUGAAGACUACAACAUUAUGAAAGUGGAACCGUACGUUGAGGCGUUGAGAAAGGAGAGCACAGAUAAGAGGAUUGAUGAGCUAAACACGUCGUUGAGUAAGUUGGAGAACAAGACCCAAAAGGCGUUGGGAAACCUAAGCGCCAUAAGAAAGACACACGAGACACUUAUGUGGAUAGAUGAGUACCACAGCAAGGACUCCACGGCAUGA